AACUAGGACCCCAGUUUGAUCACGGUGAGGCAGACGUCCUAGCUCGCACAUUUCAACAAGGCAACUAGCUGGUCAGAAACCGGCGCCUCAACUCUUUCCAAGAUCACGAGUCCGGAACCACCGCCUCCAACUCUGAGAAGUCAAGCGCCCGACAAGUAACUUGCACGGUCGCGCCAGCGGCCACCAACCCAAGGCCAGGGCACCCACGGCCUCCUGUCUGCCAUCCCCAGGAACCAUGUCGGGCAGGUCGGUUCGAGCCGAGACCAGGAGCCGGGCCAAAGAUGAUAUCAAGAGGGUCAUGGCGGCUAUCGAGAAAGUGCGCAAAUGGGAGAAGAAAUGGGUGACUGUUGGCGACACAUCCCUACGGAUCUACAAGUGGGUUCCUGUGACAGAGCCAAAAGUUGAUGACAAAAACAAGAAUAAGAAGAAAGGCAAGGACGAGAAGUGCGGCUCAGAGGUUACCACUCCGGAGAACAGCUCGUCCCCGGGAAUGAUGGACGUGCACGAUGAAAACAGCAACCAGAGCUCCAUAGCAGACGCCUCCCCCAUCAAACAGGAGAACAGCAGCAACUCCAGCCCUGCCCCAGAGCCCAACGCAUCUGUGCCCAGUGAUGGCCCUGAAGCCAAGACUGAUGAGGCACAAGCUGAUGGAAAAGAGCACCCCAGCCCUGAAGAUGCUUCUGAUGAGCAGAAUUCACAGUCUUCGAUGGAAAACUCAAUGAACAGCUCAGAAAAAGUGGAACGGCAGCCAUCUGCAGAGUCGGGGUUGGCAGCAGAAACUUCGGCAGUCUCUCAGGAUAUGGAAGGAGCACCACCCUCUAAAAAGAUGAAGCUGGAAUGUUCUCAACAGAACUCUGAAGAGAUGUAGAGGCCCAGUGGAACCCUUCGGUCCAUGUUUCAUGGCAGGUACAUCAGCAGGCUUAAUUCUAGAACGCUGCCCAAGCGAUUCCUCUUGGGCGCGAGCAGAACUAAUGUUUCAAGUUUACUAAGUGCAAAUCCAAGAAAAACCUAGAACGGCGGAACUUCUCAGACACUGAUGAACUGUGCUGUGAAGACAAACACUCCAACCUUCACGUGACCGUCCUUGGGGAGGUGGGUCGGCCGCUCAGGAGUGUCUGCACACUGUCUCGGAAGCCAAGAUUACAUUUGUGUUGCUGCUGUAUCCCCUGCCCCCACAUCUCUAUUUAAUGAUAUAAGCUAUUUGAGGGUGGUACCAAUCAGGAAUUUGCUUUUCA